GAUAAUAUCCUCUAAUCCUAUUUAAUACUAAAAGAGUUCAAUUGAAAGAGAGGAGAUUUUCCUUUUGUACCUUUUCCAAGAAAGCUAAUAUACAAAAGAUUCUCAUUAUAGGACAGUUUUACCUACAGCCAUGUUCCAUAGCACAAAGUUACAGCAGCGCUCCAACGUAUACAACAAUGUCCUACAGUUUCAUUUACUAUAUUCUCUAAGUACAAAGGUUCUAAAAAGAUUACUUUCAUUUCUCCCUAGAUACGUUAAAUAGCAUAGCUGGGAUAUUAUUUUUCUUUGGUUUUGUCAGUAGCAUGUUUGAUAUAAAUUUUAUUAAGUGGUAGUGUAUGUAACAUUGCAUUGUGGGUAGUAGUUUCCUGCUUUAGUCUAGCCACAUCCUCAGCUGUCAUAUGAGCAUGUUUCCCACAUUUUCUGCAAGUUCUCGCCUUUUUUUAUUAUUACAAAAAUGACAGCAUUCGAAGAUGAAUUGUUCUAAUAAUUACAAGAAACAUGAAUUACUUAUAUAGCUACAUUAAACAAGUAUGGAUCACUGCACUUCAAAGAAUAAUCAAAGAAGAAAAACAAAGUAAUCCUCAUAAUUAAAGUGUUAAUACUAUGUGAACAAUGUAUUAAAGUAAAUUAGCAUAAAAGGAUUCAAGAAACAAUUAAAAACAGCUAAAAGAAAUUAAGUCUCCAUAAUCAGAUGCCAAUACUAUCUAACAACUGAGGCAUUACAUAUUAGAAUAUAACAAUUUGUAAUGAAUGUUAAGAGCUCCAAAUCUACCGAGUAUUCAUUAGUGAAGAUUAAUGUCAAUAUCCCCUACUAGAACUUAAGAAUCUACUUUGAGGCUGUAUAGAAAUGAGGGAAAAAAGGAAGAGAAACCAAAAAAGCCUGAAGGAGAAAGAAAGGGAAAGAGGAGGAACGGGACAGACAGGUAGAGGGAGAGAGAUAGGUAGAGGGAGAGAGACAGGGAGAGGGAGGGAGGGAAGGAGGGAGAGAUUGACUUAGCAUUUUCUCUUCUGGCAUCCAGUUUCCACAUAAUCUCACAUUUAGACAGCUGCUAAAACUAAUCAAAUGAAGUUGUUCAAACAAUCAGGGAAAUGGUGCUAGUUUGGGUUUUUACCUGAUCUAAUUAAAAUAAACUGAGAAAAAUACUCUCAUUACAAAAAGUACUACAAAACAAUGCCUUGUAUACAUACACAAUCAGACAAAUGUGCAUGCAGUUGUGUACAUAAACAUAUACCCCAUUAAACAAGGAAAUGGAAUAUUGCACAGUCACCAUAAUUUAACAGAUGAAACAAUACAAAUUUUACUAACAGAAGUAGUCAAUAUAAGGCCAAAUAGAUCCCAUGUAAGCUCAAACAGCUAUGCAUCAAAUCCAAAAAAAAGAAAAAUUGUCAAAAAAAGUAAGAGUCACAUACCAAGAUGAAACAAUAAAUUAAAAACUUCCUUCGUAAAACCUCAUAUUCAGAACAUUUUAAGCCAAAUUAGGACUUCUACAGUUUAAAAAUUCCUGCAUCAAACCAUUUUCUCCUUUGUUUUUCAAAGAAUUAGCAGCAAAUAAAAGAAUAGAGUUAGCAGCAAAUAAGUCUAAAACAAUCCUUUAAAAAUGCACAGAAAUGAGCACAAUAUUGAUAAAGUAAAACUAAUGUAUUAAAAUAUGAUCAUUAGUUAAGAAAAUAAAAAAUUACUCAAAUGGUUACAAUGAAGACACACGUAGCAUUUAAACACAAAUACCUUGGUAUUUUCAAAAGUUCAGCCAAUUCUGACACAUUUUAUUCACUACAAAGCAAUGGAGAAGCAAGAUACCAACAACUUUUUUUCUUUGAAACUGAUUUCAAGAUCAAAACUUUAUUUCAUUUCCGUGGCAUUAAAGUACGUGAUUUAUACAGUAUACCUAAACUUGUUGCUUACUUCAAAACAGCAAAUACUAACAUGUCCCCAAAGAGAAUAAAAUUUUAUGGGUCUUUAAAAAGCAAAAAAUAAAAAUAAAAAUAAAUCUGUGGUUUUCAAUUUCUGAUUAUAACCAUGGUAUAAAUCUAUAAUCAAGAGCUGUAUUUGCAUUGACUUUUCUAAAUCAGUAUCUCUUCACCACGUGUAGUAAGCUAUUUCUAAUGAAACACACUGUUAUCAAAUGUGUACCAAUUAUCAAAUGUGCCCCAGUUAUCACUGUUUUUCAAAUUUUUACAACAAAGUAAUAUUUGCUCCAAAGAGGAUAUAUUUUCAUUUUAGGAAAAAAAUUCAUGUGGAUAAUGAAUAUACAAACUUGAAAGCACAUGACUUCACUAUCUUUCUCCUGCUAGAAUUUGAUAGGUCUCACCCAGGACAAAAAGUGCAUAUAUAACAAUAUCUACUAAACUCUCAUGCGUUAAGAAUAAUAAUCCUGGUCCAAAAAUUACAUGCAGGAGGACUACCUGCAAAAAGUGAACAGGUAAUUAAAUGACAAAUAGAUGUUAAAAAUUACUUAAAUUCCAGGUCAAUUUGAAGAGCCAAACUUUACAUAAAGAAGAUUUUAAGGAAGAAAAUAGCAAAAUGUUGGGUUUGUAAGAUGUUUCAGUGAAUACUAAUGUAGAAACUAUAAGCUUAUUUGAAAAGAAGAAAACCAUUUGCUUAUCAUACUACAGCAGCUACCUACAUAUUUUCAAUUAACUGAUUCUGGUAUUAUAGGUACACAUGAAACUAUGUUUGGAAAUCCCACAAGCUAUAUAGACAAAACCCUCCUUUUGUUUACUUUGGAUACUAAUUAGAGAUACAGAUAAUAUGGAUACAACUUAUUUAUAAAAGGGAAAAAAUAAUUUUUCUCUCCUUCACAUGAAUAACUGCAUGUUAAAUGAACGCUUUUACCUUUCAAUGUAAAACCUGUUUACACAUACAAUAAGGCAUGAUAAGUCCAUAGUUAAAAUAAAACACCGAAAUGUAUUUCUGGUUUUUUAUCACUAAAAGUUUAUUCUGAAAAGGUUCUGGACAUUUGAAAAAUAAAGGACUAGAAUCAUUCCCAUACCCUACCAGUGUAUUUUGGGAAAAUCAAAUUUUCUGUAAAGAAACUUAUGAACAUAUUUGUACAGUUACUGUGAUCUAAUAUGAACCAAAAGCAGAUAAUGAAUAGCACUAGGAAGAACACGGGGAUAUUUUAGUUCUAACACCCUCCUGUCUCCCUAGCCGUUACCUCCUUGUACUUUCCAAAUAAUCUUUUGUAAUUCACUGUCUCCGCCCACCCCAUUUACUUUAUGCCACUCCUAGUUACUGUCACACUAGGAAGAAGUCUAACAUGCAGAUUUAGAGUGGCAUGGAUAAAUGGCAAAAAAAUGCCUAGAAAAUUGGUCUGUUCGCCUUUAUAAUUUUUGUUGAAAAAUACUCCAUCGCUCCCAACUGAUGAAAACAGGAAGCUCUAUUCAUAAAUAUAAAAUUCACUGCCUAUGAUAUAUAAUCAUCCUAAUAAGAAAAUGAGUUCUAUACAUACUUGUCCAAAGGGGCAAAAAAGGAGAUAGUUUCCCAAAGAUGUUUCCAAUUUUCUUCUGAAUCAGAAUUAGCAAAUCGAGACGACUAACAUACUCUGUCUGUGGGCAUUAUUCCUUACUACACACAGCAUUUUGUAAUUUAUUUCAAAGCUUCCAUUAGAAACAAAAAAAAUACAUAGCUUCUGUUAACCCACUCUAUUCUAAGCUCAUAGAAUCGAAUACUGAACAAUCUACAUCAUAACAUAAGCAUUUUACUUUAUAGAAGAUCUGUUAUCAGAAACUCUAUUAAUGUCUAAACUACUUAAAGAACUAUAUAAACUGAAUACACUUCCAUGAAAGACAAAAAAUAUUACAAUCAUAAAGAAAACUAAGAUUCAUCCCAUAAACUAUAUUACAAUCCCUGUCAUUCAUUUUUUAAAGAUCUUCAAACUAGGCAUGAGAUAAUGGUAUACAUGAAACAUUACAUUUAAUCUUUAUUGUGAAGGCCGCCAUCUAAUAUAUUGAUAAUAAACUAGACAGACGUGAUUUAAAAUUUGUAAAAGAAUGCGCAGACUAACACUUUCAUGACAGCCAAUUAUAGUCAAGCCUAGCAAGCAGUUUGCAACCAGACCUUAAGGUAAACUUUUUUUUUUUUUUACAAUGAGUUACAGAUUCAUAAGUUUAAGAAGACAAGAAAAAGGAAAACAGAAGGAAUCCAGCCACCCAGCAAAUAUGAAGCAGACCCCAGAAUGUGAUACAGUCCAAAGAUGUGAAUUAUUGUAAAUCAUCACUGUUGUUCAGAAUUUCACACAGACUCUUGAGCCAAUUUUGUUCAUUUUUCCACAGACACAAUAAUGAACUAAAAAGAGGAGGCAAAAAGGCAGGGGUUGAGGGGGGAGUAGAAAGGAAAGCCCUUAACUGCAGAGCUCUGCUCUACAAAUGCUUAACCUUACAGGAGUUUGGGCUCCUUCAGCAUUUGUAUUCUAUCCAAAUCCUCAUGAGUCACAAAAAUUAAAAAGCUAUAUCCUUCUGGAUGCCAGGAAAGGCCUUACCACAAGCCUUUUGUGAGAGAAAGAGAGAGAGAGAAAGAGCAAGGGGGAAAAGCCACAGUGGUAGGCAGUCCCACUUUACUUAGAGUACUGUGAGGUCACAAACCACAUGAUUCUGCCUCUCCAGUAAUAGUGCUUGCAAAAAAAGGAGUUUUAAAGCUUUUGCUUUUUUGGAUUGUGUGAAUGCUUCAUUCGCCUCACAAACAACCACAGAACCACAAGUGCGGUGCAAACUUUCUCCAGGAGGACAGCAAGAAGUCUCUGGUUUUUAAAUGGUUAAUCUCCGCAGGUCACUACCAGCCACCGAGACCAACAGAGUCAUUUAAGGCUGCAAGCAGUAUUUACAACAGAGGGUACAAGUUCUAUCUGAAAAAAAAAGGAGGGACUAUGGCAUCAAACAGCCUCUUCAGCACAGUGACACCAUGUCAGCAAAACUUCUUUUGGGAUCCGAGCACCAGCCGGCGCUUCAGCCCCCCCUCCAGCAGCCUGCAGCCCGGCAAAAUGAGCGACGUGAGCCCGGUGGUGGCUGCGCAACAGCAGCAGCAGCAGCAGCAGCAGCAACAGCAGCAGCAGCAGCAGCAGCAACAGCAGCAGCAGCAGGAGGCGGCGGCGGCGGCUGCGGCGGCGGCGGCGGCUGCGGCGGCGGCAGCUGCAGUGCCCCGGUUGCGGCCGCCCCACGACAACCGCACCAUGGUGGAGAUCAUCGCCGACCACCCGGCCGAACUCGUCCGCACCGACAGCCCCAACUUCCUGUGCUCGGUGCUGCCCUCGCACUGGCGCUGCAACAAGACCCUGCCCGUGGCCUUCAAGGUGGUAGCCCUCGGAGAGGUACCAGAUGGGACUGUGGUUACUGUCAUGGCGGGUAACGAUGAAAAUUAUUCUGCUGAGCUCCGGAAUGCCUCUGCUGUUAUGAAAAACCAAGUAGCAAGGUUCAAUGAUCUGAGAUUUGUGGGCCGGAGUGGACGAGGCAAGAGUUUCACCUUGACCAUAACUGUCUUCACAAAUCCUCCCCAAGUAGCUACCUAUCACAGAGCAAUUAAAGUUACAGUGGAUGGACCUCGGGAACCCAGAAACCCCAGGCAGGCACAGUCUUCCCCGCCGUGGUCCUAUGACCAGUCUUACCCCUCCUACCUGAGCCAGAUGACGUCCCCGUCCAUCCACUCUACCACCCCGCUGUCUUCCACACGGGGCACUGGGCUUCCUGCCAUCACCGAUGUGCCUAGGCGCAUUUCAGAUGAUGACACUGCCACCUCUGACUUCUGCCUCUGGCCUUCCACUCUCAGUAAGAAGAGCCAGGCAGGUGCUUCAGAACUGGGCCCUUUUUCAGACCCCAGGCAGUUCCCAAGCAUUUCAUCCCUCACUGAGAGCCGCUUCUCCAACCCACGAAUGCACUAUCCAGCCACCUUUACUUACACCCCGCCAGUCACCUCAGGCAUGUCCCUCGGUAUGUCCGCCACCACUCACUACCACACCUACCUGCCACCACCCUAUCCCGGCUCUUCCCAAAGCCAGAGUGGACCCUUCCAGACCAGCAGCACUCCAUAUCUCUACUAUGGCACUUCGUCAGGAUCCUAUCAGUUUCCCAUGGUGCCGGGGGGAGACCGGUCUCCUUCCAGAAUGCUUCCGCCAUGCACCACCACCUCGAAUGGCAGCACGCUAUUAAAUCCAAAUUUGCCUAACCAGAAUGAUGGUGUUGACGCUGAUGGAAGCCACAGCAGUUCCCCAACUGUUUUGAAUUCUAGUGGCAGAAUGGAUGAAUCUGUUUGGCGACCAUAUUGAAAUUCCUCAGCAGUGGCCCAGUGGUAUCUGGGGGCCACAUCCCACACGUAUCAAUAUAUACAUAUAUAGAGAGAGUGCAUAUAUAUGUAUAUCGAUUAGCUAUCUACAAAGUGCCUAUUUUUUAGAAGAUUUUUCAUUCACUCACUCAGUCAUGAUCUUGCAGCCAUAAGAGGGUAGAUAUUGAGAAGCAGAAGGCUCAAGAGAGACAAUCGCAAUCGAGCUUCAGAUUGUUUACUAUUUAAGAUGUACUUUUACAAAGGAACAAAGAAGGGAAAAGGUAUUUUUGUUUUUGUUGUUUGGUCUGUUAUCAUCAGUAACCUGUUCAUAUGCCAAUUCAGAGAGGUGGACUCCAGGUUCAGGAGGGAGAAGAGCAAAACCGCUUCCUCUCUGUGCUUUGAAACCUCACACCCUCAUGGUGGCAGCUGUGUAUGGACCAGUGCCCUCCGCAGACAGCUUACAAAACCAGUUGAGGUGCACUAAAGGGACAUGAGGUAGAAUGGACGCUUCCAUCACAGUACCAUCAUUCAGAAUAACUCUUCCAAUUUCUGCUUUCAGACAUGCUGCAGGUCCUCAUCUGGGUUCGUUUUUUUUUUUUUCUUUUUUCCUGCUCUAAGAAAGUGACUUCAAAAAUAACUGAUCAGGAUAGAUUAUUUUAUUUUACUUUUUAACACUCCUUCUCCCCUUUUCCCACUGAACCAAAAACAAAUCCUAUCCCUAAAACCUGCCUUCUCCUUUUAUGCAAAACUGAAAAUGGUAAUACAUUAUUAUAGCCAUAAUGGUAUAGAUAGUGUUUGCGUUUGGCUAUGUGUUAUUUGUUUUCUUUUUUUUAAAUUAUGAAUAUGUGUAAAAUCUGAGGUAACUUGCUAACGUGAAUGGUCAUAUAACUUUAAAGAUAUAUUUAUAAUUAUUUAAUGACAUUUGGACCCUUGAAACAUUUCUUAGUGUAUUGAUAUGUUGACUUCGGUCUCUAAAAGUGCUCUUUAUUAAAUAACAAAUUUCUUCAGUGGUCUAGAGCCAUAUCUGAAAUAUUGCUAAGCAAUUUCAGUUCAUCCAGGCACAAUGUGAUUUUAAAAAAUACUUCCAUCUCCAAAUAUUUUAGAUAUAGAUUGUUUUUGUGAUGUAUGAAGGAAAUGUUAUGUUUAGUUCUUUCAGAUCUUUGAAUGCCUCUAACACAGCUUUGCCUUCUAAAGCAGUAAUUAGGGAUUUAAAAAACAACCUUUAGCCCUUUAUCAGCAUGAAAUGCUGGAGUGAUGUGGUUUUCUAAUUUCUUUGGGGUAAUUAUGACUCUUGUCAUAUUAAAAAGACAAGCACAAGUAAAUCAUUGAACUACAGAAAAAUGUUCUGUGGUUUCAUAGUUAAGCAAAACUCUAAAUCGCCAGGCUUCAUAGCAAAGACAUAGUCAGCUAAAAGCCACACAUGUGGAUAGAGGAUCAAUUAUGAGACACCUAGUACAGGAGAGCAAAAUUGCACCAGGGAUUCUUAACCAACCAGCCUUACCAAACAACACAACAGGGGAACCCCAAUCUGCCUUACCCAAGGCCCCACUGGCAGCUUUCCACAGAAUUUGCAUUUAGAGGAGCAGAAUGACAUCACUGUCCUUUGGGAGUAGGUCCUCUGAAAAGGCAGCCAAGUUCCAGCAGGUAGCUGAGCUGAGAGGACAUAUGGCCCAUGGGGACCUACAGACAGCCUUUGACAUUUGUAUUUCUUACAAUGGAGGGCCAAGGAGGGCAAGGGGGUGUGGAGUUUGGUGUCUACUACUGUGUACGAAUUUGAGCUAGAGCCCUUCUGUGGCAUGCACUUUGACCACUCCUGGCAGUCACAUGGCAGAUUUCCAAGUGCAAAUCCUUAAUCCAAACAAGGAUCAUCUAAUGACACCACCAGGCCAAUCCCUGCUCUCCUCCCCGAAAAGUCAGGGUCCCUUCAUUGGAAUCCUCCACCCACCCAAGCAGAAUUUAGCAGAGAUUUGCCUUCAAACCCUAACAGCCCCCUUGUUCUCUGGUCCUUCUCAAACCCACCUUUGUAGGCCACCCAGCAUUGCAGGACAGCGUGUGGGGCAGCUGGACCUGUGCUUUCUGCCUGGGAGUCUCCCUUGGAAUUCAUCCUGACUCCUUCUAAUAAAAAUGGAUGGGAAAACAAAACACUUUGCCUUCUAAAGGCUGUAUACCAAGUAUGCUUAGAUAAAUAAGCCACUUUUUCUAUUACUUAAGUAAGAUGGAAGUAGUAAUUGAUACUAUUUAUUGUUUGUGUGUGGUAGCUUGAAGCACACCACUGUCCAUUUAUUUGUAAGUGUAAAAUAUGUGUGUUCGUUUCAGCAGCACUUAAAAAAGCCAGUGUCUGGUUACACAUUUCAAUUUUAAUUAAUUGACAUAAAAAUGCUACCGCCAGUGCCAGCUGCAUCCUAUUUAAUUAAAAAGGUACUAUAUUUGUACAUUAUUUUUUAAUGUUAAAAGGGCUUUUUUAAGUUUACAGUACACAUACCGAGUGACUUUAGGGAUGCUUUUGUGUUGAAAUGUUACUAUAGUGGCUGCAGGCAGCAACCCAGAAACACUUUAGAAGCUUUUUUUCCUUGGGAAAAAUUCAAGCACUUCUUCCCUCCACCCUCACUCCAACCACCCCAAUGGGGGUAAUUCACAUUUCUUAGAACAAAUUCUGCCCUUUUUUGGUCUAGGGAUUAAAAUUUUGUUUUUCUUUCUUUCUUUUUUUUUUUUUUUUCACUGAACCCUUAAUUUGCACUGGGUCAUGUGUUUGAUUUGUGAUUUCAAGACCAAAGCAAAGUCUUACUACUACUGUGGAACCAUGUACUAGUUCCUGGGAAUUAAAAUAGCGUGGUUCUGUAUGUAGCACAAACAUUGCUGGAAUUUACAGUCUUAUCAAUGCAGCCACAUUUUUAUCCAUUUCAGUUGUCUCACAAAUUUUAACCCAUAUCAGAGUUCCAGAACAGGUACCACACCUUUGGUUUUAGAUUAGUGGAAUAACAUUCAGCCCAGAACUGAGAAACUCAACGGAUUAACUAUUGUUUGCUCUUUAGACGGUCUCACUGCCUCUCCCUUGCCAGGGCCGUUUCAAAAUGAACAGAGAAGUCCACACCAUUAGGGACCAUCUGUGAUAAAUUCAGAAGGGAGGAGAUGUGUGUACAGCUUUAAGGAUUCCCUCCAUUCCGAGGAAAGGGACUGGCCCAGAAUCCAGGUUAAUACAUGGAAACACGAAGCAUUAGCAAAAGUAAUCGUUAUACCUAUGGUAUUUGAAAGAACAAUAAUAAAAGACACUUCUUCCAAACCUUGAAUUUGUUGUUUUUAGAAAACGAAUGCAUUUAAAAAAUAUUUUCUAUGUGAGAAUUUUUUAGAUGUUUGUUUACUUCAUGUUUACAAAUAACUGUUUGCUUUUUAAUGCAGUACUUUGAAAUAUAUCAGCCAAAACCAUAACUUACAAUAAUUUCUUAGGUAUUCUGAAUAAAAUUCCAUUUCUUUUGGAUAUGCUUUACCAUUCUUAGGUUUCUGUGGAACAAAAAUAUUUGUAGCAUUUUGUGUAAAUACAAGCUUUCAUUUUUAUUUUUUCCAAUUGCUAUUGCCCAAGAAUUGCUUUCCAUGCACAUAUUGUAAAAAUUCCGCUUUGUGCCACAGGUCAUGAUUGUGGAUGAGUUUACUCUUAACUUCAAAGGGACUAUUUGUAUUGUAUGUUGCAACUGUAAAUUGAAUUAUUUGGCAUUUUUCUCAUGAUUGUAAUAUUAAUUUGAAGUUUGAAUUUAAUUUUCAAUAAAAUGGCUUUUUUGGUUUUGUUA